AACCUGCUGGGCAAGUUUGAGCUGGCAGGAAUCCCACCUGCUCCACGAGGGGUCCCACAGAUCGAGGUCACCUUCGACAUUGAUGCCAACGGCAUUUUGAACGUGUCUGCGGUGGACAAAAGCACCGGCAAAGAGAACAAGAUCACCAUCACCAACGACAAGGGCCGACUGAGCAAAGAGGAGAUCGAGAGGAUGGUGCAGGACGCUGACAAAUAUAAAGCUGAGGACGACAUUCAGAGGGAGAAAAUCGCUGCCAAGAACUCACUGGAGUCCUAUGCCUUCAACGUCAAAAGCAGUGUGCAGGAUGAGAAGUUGAGGGACAAAAUGAGUGAGGAGGACAGGAAGAAGGUGAUUGAGAAGUGUGAUGAGGCCAUCAUGUGGCUGGAGAACAACCAGCUUGCUGAGAAAGAGGAGUACCAACACAAGCUGAAAGAGCUGGAGAACGUGUGUAACCCCAUCAUCAGCAAGUUGUAUCAGGGAGGAAUGCCCACUGGUAGCACCUGUGGACAGCAGGCACGAGCUG